AUGGGUCUUGGCUCAUCUGCUCGAAAUAACUUCUUAAGUUCUAAAUCAUCGAUCGUUGUUCGUGGUCGUAAGUAUCGUAUAUUAGAUACAAUCGGUCAAGGUGGCGAAGCAACUGUAUAUCGGUGUCAAGAUAAAAGUGGUUUUCAACAUGCUGUCAAAGUGUUUUAUUUUUCACAGUUCUCACCUGCUCAAGUACGUCACCGAAUUGAUGGAUUUAACAAAGAAGCACGUAUUUUGACCUAUCUAAGGGGACGUUCACCACAUUUUAUUCAUUUGGUUGAUUAUGAAUAUCGACCUAAAGAAAAUAUUGGUUAUAUGAUUAUGGAAUUAGGUCAUGGAAGUUUAAGACAAUAUAUGCAAGGAAUGCCAUUGAAUGAACCACUUCGACAAACGUAUUGGCAACAGAUUGUCAACAUUUUGACAGCUCUUCAAGAUGCAAGAGUUGUACAUGCUGAUAUCAAACCUGAAAAUUUAAUUCUAGUAAAUGGUAUUCUCAAAAUAACUGAUCUAAGUCUUGCUUUUCGAUUAAAUUCGCCAAACGCAGCUGUUCGACAGCCAAUGAUUCGUGGCACUAUAGAUUACAUGGCACCUGAAGUUUUUUCACAUAAAACAAGUUUCAAAUCGGAUGUAUGGUCAGCAGGUGUUAUCCUCUAUGAAAUGACUUAUGGUCGUCCUCCAUAUUUUGGUCUUUUUGAUCGGCAUGAAAAAAUGGAAGUCAUUGCAAGAAUGACACCUAUAAAUUUUCCUCCCUUGGACGAUUUAUAUUUACUUGAUAUAAUGCAACAGUGUCUCAUUUUGGAUGCUCGUUUUAGACCGAGUGCAUAUCAUUUACUAAAUCAUCCAUAUACAAGCAUGUAA